AUGGGGUAUAACAAGGCGCUGCAUCACUUGGAAGGCACCGGCUCAAAGUUUGCGAAGGAGACGCGUGUUCGCUUGCGAGAGUUGGAAGCCAAGGUCAGCACAGCGGUCUCGUUAGAGCGAGCCCUCGAGCAAGCGCAAAGGGCAGCGGCGCUGGGGGUUCGCGAGCAAGCCUUCAACUUUGCGACGGAGCGUGCCAAGAAAUUGCUGUCCGAUCUCCAACCAACCGAGGCGAUAAAGCGCGGUGUCUACUGGUUUUGGCCCCGAGCUAAGCAAAGCAAUGCCGCCAGCGAAGAGCUGCUGGAGUUGAUGAGACAUUACUGGCACACGGAUGAGCUUACGGAGCCGGGUGGGGGCGAGGCGGUGUACGCCAAGUUCUUCAACUGGGCGUCCUACAAGAGCUUCAAGGAGGGACAGAGCGACAAUUUCACGGACCCUGGCCGUACGCUCUUCCUCUCGACGCGUUGCAAGUGCCUGGUCCUCCCUGCAAUGGAGCAGUGCGCGUGCAAGAUCCACUCGCAGCAGGUGCUAUGCAUCGAGGCGCUAGCCAUUGUCGACAUGACCAGCCACGACGAAUGCGAUUGUCGAUGGUGCAACGUAGAUGGCGGCCGCAGGUGGCGGGAAACGUGGAAGCAUAUGGGCACUUUCUCCGAUGCAAUUGCCUGCCCCAAGGUCAACUUGCGGGCAGCGGACCCGGAGGGUGACAGUUGGAUGGGGCGGAAACCGGAGUGCAACGCUUUGGACUGCGCUAUGUGUGGGUUGGGGGGGACUGACGACAUUCCCAUCUGCAGCAAGCUGGAGACCUCCGAGCAGACGGUGGUGUGAAAGAUGUUCGAGGACGUGAUAACUGUGCCUGCAUCAGCGGGUGGGAAGAUCAAGGCCAAGAAGCUCGCCAGCCAAACGGUGCCGAAGGAGGGCAAGCUUUGCGAUCUUUGGUUGGCUUUCAAAGAGCACACC